AUGUCAAGUGAAGUGACGAGAGCUGAAAACGAAUAUUCUAAAAAGACUCAUACACAUUCUAUAUCUGAAAUAACAGACUUAAACGUUAGCCUUGAAAAGAAAGCGGAUAAGGAAUAUGUGGCUAGUAAGUUAGAGAAGAAAGCAGAUAAGGAAUAUGUGGAUGAAAAAGAUAAUGAAAUUAAAGAAAGGGCUGAAUGGUAUCAUGAAUGGACAUCGAAGAUUUUAAAAACUAAAGCUGAUACAGGAUGGGUUUCAGGAUGUUUAGACCUUAAAGCAGAUAAAACUUAUGUUAACGAUGAGUUAGAGAAGAAAUCAAAUAAGACUCAUACACA